AUGGCACUGAACUAUGUGGUGACGGCACAUAAAUCCACCGUGAUCACGCAUGCGUUGGCUGGUGAUUUCAUACGGCCAAAAGAGAUCUCGUUCGUGCUGGCCACAGCAAAUCGGAUUCAGCUGUUCCUGGUUGCCCCAGAUGGGCUGGUGCCAUUCCGGGAAUGCCCAAUAUACGGGCGUAUCGCUUGCUUGAAGAUAUUUCGACGAUACGAUGAGAAUGUGGAUAGUUUAUUAGUUCUGACAAGCAAAUAUCAUUUGGCUGUAAUACAAUGGAUGCCAACUGGUGCUGUAGUGACACGAGCCUAUGGACAAAUCGCUGAUCGAGUUGGACGACCGUCCGAUACCGGAAUGCUAGCUGCCGUACAUUCCUCAGGGCUUAUGGUAUUUCGACUCUAUGAUGGCGUACUAAAAAUGGUCAAAUGGGCUGAGGGCAGUGAAUUGCGUGGUGUGAACAUAACAUGCGAUGAUUUGUUCAUUGUGGACCUGGUUUUCCUUCCCGUUCAUGAUGAACCAACAUUGGCAUACAUUCACCACGAAAACAACUUAUUUCAUUUGAAAGUACUGACCUUGAAUGUGCCGGAAGAAAAGCUUAAUCCACCACUAUGGGUGCAUGAUCGGCUUGAAAACGAUACAAGCGGUGAUGAUGCUCGAUGUAUUUGCACAUUGCCAGGCUCUUAUCCACAUGUCUCACCAGUGAGCUGUUAUGCUCCAGUGGAUCGCAAUGGACAUCGAUUCCUCCUGGGUGAUCUGAAAGGCAACAUAUACAUGCUGUUAUUGGAGAUUGAAAGCAAGGAAGCCAGGGAUGGUAGCACAGUAAUGACCGUCAAAAAUAUGAAGCUGUUGAGUAUGGAGCCGAGGGGCCACUGGUGUAAUGGAUAA